AUGGCGCUGCAAACACUUGUGGGCAUAAAUCUCACCCGUUUGAUACCGGAGAAUAUGUCAUCUCCGGCGAUUUUCAAAACUCGAUGUUCCCUCGCUGUCUCCGCUUUCUCCACCGCCUGUGAGACCGAACCCUCUACUUCUUUGGUUUACUAUUUGUCGGCGCACAAGCACCGUUUGUCUCAUGAUGUGCCUUCAUGCGUCGCCUCCGUUUUAAGUCCUGUGGGCCGCCAGAAAAAAUACGAUUCAGUAGUCGCCUUCUUCGUACAGAUGGGAUUCACGAAAGCCCAGCUGGAGAGAACCUUGAAUCUCCGGCCCCACCUACUCGCCACCAAUCUUGAGGGAACCAUCAAGCCCAAGAUCAAGAUAUUCGAGGACCUAGGCUUCUCCUCGGAAGAAAUUGCCGCCGUAGUGUUGAAAGAGCUAGUGAUUCUGCACGUCAGCCUGAUAAAUAAAAUCAUCCCCGCAUUGUCCUGGUUAAAGGGCAUGUUGGGUUCGAAUAAGAAAGUGGCCAAGGUUCUGAGAGAUAAUGGUCGACUUCUUUUGACCGAUUUUGAAACACACAUUUUGCCCAACAUUUGGAUCCUGAUGAGUUAUGGGACGACAAAAGACGAGGUCGCCAGGCUCAUCUUUGUGUACCCACGGAUCAUACUGUACAAUCCAGAAACUCUUAUCAGAUGCUUGGACACCAAAGACAAAAUGGGUAUUUCAUGGAGUUCAAAAAUAUCCGUUUAUGCUGUCGGGGUCACUUGCUCGAUGCCCAACGGGAGUUGGGAACGCAAGCUGCUGGCUUUUCAGGAAAUUCUUGAAUUCUCGAACGACGAAAUGAUUAGGACUUUGCAACGGGACCCUAAUGUUUUCUGUGUCUCAGAAGAUAAGAUGAGAAAGAUGUUGGAGAGCAGGGGCCUAAUCGAGGAGUGGCCUUCUCUCAGAUAUGUUUGCGUAUUUGCAGACGAGAAAUUCUGUGAGGAAUAUGUGGAACCAUAUAUGACUGAAAUUGGUGAGGAUUAUUUGGGGAAGAGAACACUCGAUUGCAAAUGA